GGGUUGCGUAAAAAUGAAAACCGUCCAUUAAACCCCUCCAGCUUCCCUUCUCCGGUUGGGAAUGCGAUGGCCAGUGGGGUGGGCUUAGCACAAAUCCCAGAUUUUUCAGGCCGGAGCAACGAAGAGAAGGAGGCACUCGGUUCCUCAGACGGCGUCUAUUUUUAAGCUGUGCGAAAUACCAAAGUCUCUCUGCAUCCAAGAUGAAGGUUUCCUGACUCGGGCUCACAACACGCUCGUGCCCCUAUUAUUGUCUUAUUUAUUCUCCCCGCGUGGUUUUCUUCUCGGCUUGAGAAAGUUCGGGCUGGGACAAGCUUGGGAUUCAGCGUUAUGAUUUCGUGAAGGCCCGCUACUUCAAAAAAGGGGGUGGGGGCAAAACGACUACAGAAACUAACUCAGGAAAAAAAGGCUUUUUGCUGCUUCCAUGUAUGCCUGAAAUUCUGGGGGAAGCGGGCAGGUAGAUAAAAACAAACAGCCAGGAUGAGCAGCAAAGUUGAUGAGCAACACAGCCACCCUGAGGGCAGCGUGAAGAAGAUGCUCAAAUGUGUGGUGGUCGGGGAUGGAGCUGUGGGCAAGACCUGCCUGCUGAUGAGCUACGCCAACGAUGCUUUUCCGGAAGAAUACGUUCCUACGGUGUUUGACCACUAUGCAGUGACUGUGACAGUCGGAGGCAGACAGCAUUUGCUUGGACUUUAUGACACUGCAGGACAGGAGGACUACAACCAGCUCAGGCCCCUCUCUUACCCCAACACGGACGUGUUUUUGAUCUGUUUCUCCGUGGUGAACCCUGCCUCGUACCACAACGUCCAGGAGGAAUGGGUGCCGGAACUGAAAGUCUGCAUGCCCCAUGUGCCUUAUGUUCUGAUAGGAACACAGAUUGACCUGCGAGAUGAUCCAAAAACCUUGACUCGAUUGCUCUACAUGAAGGAGAAGCCCCUGUCUUAUGAACACGGCAUCAAACUAGCUAAAGAGAUCGGUGCCCAGUGCUACCUGGAGUGCUCAGCCUUGACUCAGAAAGGCCUGAAGGCCGUCUUUGACGAAGCAAUACUCACCAUAUUCAAUCCCAAGAAAAAAAAGAAACCCUGUGCUGAAUGCGGCAGCUGCUGUCGAGUUGUAUGACGACGGCCGGAAUAUUGGAACGGAGUUGGGCUGGUGUUUGGCCAGAGUCUUCCCAUCCCAUAAUUUCACACCUGCACAAAGGAUUGAAGGACAUGACCGGAAAGGAGGCAUCUUCAAAGGGAGAUCUUCCCCGUCUGUGAACCCUCCUAAGCUUGCGCCUUCUCUUCGCCUUCUCACAUCUUACCUGCUUUUUUCCUAACCGCUACAGAGCUGUAGAUACAAGCAGCUGGUCCAUAUCGUGGUCACUUUUCCUCAGGCAAAGCUAGCUGAUAAAGUAAAGCAGCUGAGAGAACUCUUCCUGCCGUGUCAGGAUCCGUGGUGGGCCGGGGGGGAAACCAGGGAAAUAUCUCCAAGGAUCCUGCAGCAGAACUGAGAGAAUCCCUAGAUUCAGUAAUUUGUAGCGUUCAGCAACUACGAAUGAAUUGAUUUGUUCCAGUAUGAAUAUUCAAUCACGAGCGAGCCUCAAAAGCUAAAUCAGGCAGGCAAAUAACUCUUCCAGAGUUGACCGUGUUAAGAUAUUGAUGCAACAUUAGAGAUCCUGUUUUAAUCUGCUUUUUUAUGAAUAUUCCCCGUUUCGAAAAGAGCCUCAUUUCUUGGGGAGGAGGGAAGUGAUGUGGCAUCAAACUGACAUUUACUGUAGUUUGUCUUCCUUUUUAUAAAUUGAGCAUUAUCCAACUAGAGAGCCAUCAAAAUGUAUUGCCAUUUUACCCUUGGGCAUCUGGGAUUGUUUUGAUUUGUUUUUUACUAAAUGGAGUACCACACAACCGAAUUUUCUUGCUUGUAAAUGGCUAUAGCCAGGGUCUGGGAGGAGCUGCAUGUAUAUCCUGAAUGCAGAUCUACUUCCCUCUUCACCCAAUUGUUCUCGCUGUUGUUUUAAGAUGUAGGAUCCCAGAGCUGUCAAGUUGGAAGGCACCCCAGGGGUCAUCUAGUCCAACCCCCUGCAAUGCAGGAACGUGGUUUCUGGGAAAUUCUGAACUGCUCAUUGAACAACCUCAGAAAGGAUAUCGUAGAGUUGAGGAAGGUUCAGAAAAAGGUAAUGGAAAUGAUAAGUGGGAUGACCAACUCCCCUAUGAGGAAAGGUUAUAGCAUUUGCUGUUUUUUUGAUUUAGAGAAAAGGCGAGUUAGAAGCAACACAACAGAAAUGUAUAAAAUCAUAAAGUGGGUAAAGAAAGGGUUUUUCUCCCCCUUUCUCCUAUCUUCACACAGCGCCUGCAGGCAGUGUGGUGCAGUGAUUAGAGUGUUGGGCUAGGACCUGGGAGGCCAGGGUUCAAAUCCCCACUCAGCCGUGAAGCCUUGGGCCAGUCACUGUCUUUCAACCUAACCUACCUCACAGGGCUGGUGUGAGGAUAAGAUGUGGGGAAGCCAAGCAGGUUUGCCAAGUUGAGCUCCUUGAAGGAAAGGUGGGAUGGAGACGUAAUAACAAAUGAUAAAAAUCAAAUAGUUAAGCUAUGGAAUUCAUGCCGACUGUGUGUCGUGAUGGCAACUGAUUCUGUUGGUUUUAAAAGGGGAUUAGACUAAGGUUACCAGAUUUUUUUUUCAGUGAAUCCAGGACACUUUUCAACUUCCCUACUAAAUAGAUGGAUUUUGUCAGGGAACUGAUUUGUAAAUCUGGGGACUGCCCCAGGGAAACAGGGACGUCUGGUAACUUUGUAGUUGUUGUUGUUGUUGUUGUUUAGUUGUUUAGUCGUGACUGACUCUUCAUGACCCCAGGGGCAUACCCAGGAUCAAAACUGGGGGAGGGGCAGA